AUGACCAAUAACCUACACCCUCCACAAACUCCUAGGUCGACGAGUAAUGGCGCUAGAUCUGGUGUUACACCCUCAUUCAGUUUUGGAUUAGGAUUUCUGCCUUCGUUCCAAUUCAGUUCACCAAUGAAUAUAAUAAACUCAUUAUCACCUCAACGGUUUUUUCAAGUGUCUAAUAAUUUAAAUAAAGUUGUUGGUGCUAAAAAUGAAACCGAACAUGAACAACACGAACACGAACAUCAAGAUAAUGACAGAUCAGAAGAUAAACAAGCUACAACAAAGAAGAAUGUAUUCAAUUCAUUCACCCCUCCUCCAUCAUCAAGCUCUACUAAUAACAAAUUUCUUGACUCGAUAGCUUUGCAAGUAAGUAAAAAGCACAGACUAAAGGCCGAAGAAAACGAGUCUUUGAAUGAUGUAUCUAUAGACGUUAGUUCUUUAAACAAUGGGAACGACUCGAGUAACAAUACCACCGAUUUGACGUCGUUAUAUGCUGAUGAGACUAGAGCGACAAUUGUGACACCGAAUACAAAUUUCAAGGAACGAAAUUUACAUGAAUCACAGUUGAAAGCAGCUCCUAAAUUAGUGCCUAUCAAGCCCAGAACUGACCUAUUAACAGAGACUUUGGAUAGUUCAACACCGUUAAGUUUUAAUGCAAGUGCCACUAGGGCAAGGAAGAGAAGAAAAAUAUCGCACGAUUUUACUGAGUCUCCAAGUACAUCUAUAGCAUCCAAGAUUGAUAGUCUUGCAUCCCCAGGCCGAAAACUAUCAAGAACGGAUACUUCAUCCAUUGGCAGUGCUAAUGCUUAUAAUGAUAAGGUUUGGUACCCGGAAAUAGAUGAAAUUUUAUUAUCUUCAUAUUUAAAAUUCAAAGCAUUCAAAGAAUUUCAAGAACCAAAUUCUUCGAUAUUGAAAUAUUCUUCACAAAAUAAAAUUCUCUCGAGGAUGUUACUCAAUAAGACUGGAGUAUUGAGAACUCCAAAGCAGAUUGCUUCUAGACUUUUUCGGUUGACAAAAUUGAAAAGACCUGCCAAAUAUAGAAAGGACUUCAAUGAAAGUCCCAUCUUAAACGAUGAAUUGGAUGCCUUAAUGAACACACCAUUAGAAGAUUUAAUUGAUAGCAGUAAGAUUGAUUCAAAUGAUAGCGAAGACAUAGAUAAAGAAUUAGGAGGUAUACUUUCUUCUUCUCCAAUAUUCACCCGAGGUCGCAAUGAAAAUGAAACAGAUUUUCCUGAUUUUAAAAAACACUUAUCUAGUAAGAAAUGUGCCUAUACUUUUCAUCCGAAAGAACUUUCCAUAAUGUUCAACGACAAAAUAGAUCAUCACAACUCGCAUAAGUUUACUAGUUUCCAUUCGACUUCUCAUACUUCAUUGACUCCAUCUAAACUAAGAAAUAAGUUGAAUCAUAAUAUUAAUAACGAAUUAAAUAAUUCAUUACUUUCCAAACUUAUAUCUAAUGGUAUCCCUAUUUGGUUGGUGCUUAACAAUUUAAACGUCAAUGGUAAUAAGGCCGUAUCUCCAGCUUCCGAUUUAUCGCCCUUUUCAUCUACACCAUCAAAUUCUAAAACCCCGAAGAUCAUGAGCCUCGAAAAUGGUUCGUUUAGUUCCUAUAUGAAAAUUAAUGUAACUAUCAAUAAUGAUACGACGCCUGAUAUGUUACAAUGGAAAUGUAUGGCUAAAGUAUACAAUGGUGAAAGGUUAAUAUUAAAGAAGAAUGAAAUCGUGAAUGGUUAUUUAAAUGAACAUGACAAUACCUUUGACUUACAGGUUCCAUUUUUGAAAGAUUUUUGGUCCGGAUACUUGUCUUUCUUGAAUGAUGGACAUGAUGAUGCGAAUGAUUUACAAAACUUAUCUGUGAUACAAAUCAUUUAUGAAGACAACAGGGAAUUAAAUGAAGGCUCUUCAAUUCAUGGAGUAAUAGUCCACGAAUUCAACAGAGACUUAUAUUCAGAAGGUACAAGCCAUCUUACCAGUAUUCGCAUAGAAAAUAAAGCAUUAGGCCUCGAAGAAAUAGAAGAAGUAGAUGAUAAUGCUACUGAAAUAGCGGAUUCAUCUCCGUACAAAAGCUCGUCUCCUAUCGCAAAACAAAUUUCUCCAAGCAUGCUGAAAACGAAUCAAAAUUUGAAAAUUGAUAUUUCUAAGGCUAAUAAUUCGUUUGUGAGUCAAGGUCCUUUCACGGCGCCAAUUUAUGAUGCAAGCACUGUUCACAAAUUUAAUCCGAAUGUAGUUAAACAACAAGAACAAUUGAAAUUACAGAUACAGCACCACCAGAUACAACAACAAUUACUAAACAAAAUGCAAAUGCAAGGCCAAAUACAAAUGCCAUUGCAACCAGAAACUCAUUCCCAAUUGCAAAACCAACCUCUAAUUCAAAGCCAAGAAGCAAUAUCCACUAAUAAAAACAUUCAAUGUCAACCGACAUUAUUGCCUUCAAAAUCUACUGGGAAUAUAAGGCAAACUAGAAACUUUUCUCAACCUAACUUUCAAUUCGAUUCGCAUAAUAUGAACAUGCAGGCGAAAUUACAAGCUAUUGAUACGUCUUCGUUUCUAAUGCAAAAUCAAAAUGAUAAUGAAUCGCUUAGGUCUGCCGAAUCAUAUUUCAAAACUCCACAGCUACACGAACAUGGAAUGGUAACCUCCACCCCUACAAAGACACAGCCAAUUACGAAUACUGGCGUACCUUCCUCACAAUUGCAUACGUCCCAGGGCCAGAAUCCCGUACCAGUUCAAGGCCAAACUUUUAAUAAUUCAAUAGGAGCAAUACCUCAUCAACAAAUGAUGGCCAAUGGCUAUGCUCCUUUUAAUGGUUUUCAUUCUGAAAAUCAAGGUCAAUAUAUUUUACAACAUCAAUAUCAAUUGCAACAACAACAACAACAACAACAAAUGUACAUGAUGUAUCACCAAAUGCAGCAACAAUACCAGGGUAAUUUUGCUACAAAUCAUGCACCUCCCCCAAAUCAAAAACCUGAUCAACAGAAUAGAAAGAGCAAAGUUUCUAACACAGAAACAAACAAAGAGAAUGUGAAACCGAAAGAAAUUACAUUUUGUCCUAUUCUUGAGUAUGAUCCCUCUAAAGACGUUAAUCAUUCCCAAAAAAAGACUACUUCUAAACAUGGCAUUGGCAUACAUAGGUUCCCGGUGAAUACUCCAGUUAGCAUGUAUAAACCAAAAAAGAAAUAG